AUGAACGUGUUCGCGGGGGGUGGCGGCGGCGCGGGGCCGGGGGCCGAGGCGCCGGCGAGGGACGACGUGGGGGCGCUGCUGGAGCUGACGCCGCACAAGAUAGCGGUGUGCCACCUCGUGCAGGUCUUGGAGCCGCCGGCCCCCUUCCAGUCCGUCGCCCACCACAACCGCCUCGGCCUCUUCCUCUUCUCCCUCACCCGCGCAGCAGCAGUGGUGAAUUCUCUUUUCACUACAUGCUACAAGUACAACAUGCAAGCAGAGAAUGCAGCUGUUCUUUUAUUACUUGCGGAAAUACAUAAAAAGUCCGACAACGCAGUCCUUGGGCUCUCUUACGCGUUAGCCAGCCAAUCGUUCUGCAAAUCAUUUAAUUUGGAUCUGCUUGAAGCUUCAGCCACACUUACUCUCGCUGAACUGUGGCUAGCUCUUGGAUCAAGCCAUGUAAAGAGGGCCCUAGGUCUUGUUUAUCAAAGCCCUCCUAUGAUUCUCGUCCAUGGCAGUCUUGAGUUGCGUGCUCGAUCUCAGAUAGUCUUAGCAAAAUGUCAUUUAACUGAUCCAGAAUUUUCAGUUUUUGAAGAUGCUCGUGCUGUUCUCAACCCACUAAAUCAAGCGGCUGAAGACGUGCAGGUUUUAGAGUACCACGAGAUGGCGGCAGAGGUGUAUUAUCUCAAGGCAAUGACAUAUAACCACCUGGGCAAGGAAGGCAAGAGGGAGGAAGCCGCAGCUUGUUUCAAGGAGCACGUUACUGCCCUCGAGAACCUGUGCGACAAGGAGGAUUCACGUGCUUACUGA